AUGUUAAAAGUAUUCCUGUACGCAUUGUUUAUCGUUUCCGCAGUUAGUUUAAAGGUAGUGUUCGAAAACUUCGUACAAUUAUCCGGUUUCGAUAUAGCGCUGUUGGAUUUACGCGUGCGCAAGUACAACCGUACGAUGACCGUACUGAACGGGUCGUUCAUCGUGCCCACAUGGAUAAAUAACAGCUUAGAGCUCUCGUUGGAUUUAUUUCACAGUCGGCUCGGAAACCAGCAGUUCAAUCACUAUCCGAUGAAGUUACCAUCGUCCGGUAUUUGUGACUUUCUGGACAACUUGCAGAUCACCUACGAGCGGCAGGUGGCAACGCUAGAACACUUACCAGCAAUAGGCGAGUGUCCGUUUUCACCGCGUUCUAUCAAUAUGUACGAUUUCGCCUUCCCGCAGGAAGUAGUGUCACAGGUCAUGCCAAGGGGCCUUUGGAAAGCACUCGUUACGGGAAAGCUCGAUGGACAAGUUAUAAUUACUUACUAUUUUCUUGUUAAAGGAUAUGACGACUUUUAG